CUACUACACGUCCUGUCAGAAGAAGAAGAACGAGACGCUGCACGUGCUUACUGAGCGCAGACUUAAAUGUUUAAUAGUUUCUAAUUUGGAUUUCUGAAUCUUCACCUGGAAUAAAAUCAAGUAAAAAUGCCUAAAGUCAAGGCGGAGAAGAAAAGCAGGCGGCACCAAGAGGCCAAGAACCAAGGGAUCAUGUUCAACACCGGCAUCGGUCAGCACAUCCUGAAGAAUCCACUGGUUGUCAAUGGGAUCAUCGAGAAGGCUGCGCUGAGGCCGACCGACGUGGUUCUGGAGGUGGGACCUGGAACUGGUAACAUGACAGUGAAAUUGCUGGAAAAAGCCAAGAAGGUGGUGGCUUGUGAGCUGGACGGCAGAUUGGUGGCAGAACUUCAGAAAAGAGUACAGUGCACACCCAUGCAGACCAAACUUCAAAUAUUAGUUGGAGAUGUGCUAAAGACCAAUCUGCCUUUCUUUGACGUGUGUGUGGCUAAUUUACCGUACCAGAUUUCGUCACCGUUUGUCUUCAAGCUCCUGCUGCACCGACCUUUCUUCAGGUGUGCCGUGUUGAUGUUCCAGAGAGAGUUUGCGAUGCGACUUGUUGCCCAACCUGGAGACAAGCUGUACUGCAGACUGUCCAUCAACACUCAGCUACUGGCCCGAGUCGACCAUCUCAUGAAGGUGGGAAAAAAUAAUUUCCGCCCCCCUCCGAAAGUGGAGUCAAGCGUUGUCAGGAUAGAACCAAAAAAUCCUCCUCCUCCAGUUAACUUCCAGGAGUGGGAUGGCCUGGUCAGAAUAGCUUUUGUAAGGAAAAACAAAACCCUCAAUGCAGCUUUCAAGUCCACUGCAGUAGAACAGCUGCUGGAAAAGAACUACAGAAUUCACUGCUCUGUAAACAAUGUGGAAGUGCCAGCCGACUUCAGCAUCAUCAAUAAGAUUGAGAGUGUUUUGAAGGAGGUUGAAUUCAGUGAGAAGAGAGCAAGGACCAUGGACAUUGAUGACUUCAUGGUACUGCUUCAUGCAUUCAACGCUGCAGGGAUCCACUUUACUUAAAUGGCAGAGUGAUUGGAGGAGAACAGUGCUAUGACUGUCAUGCCCUGCCUUUAUGAUGAUGAUGAUGAUGAUGAUGGGGGGGGGGGGGAGAGAGAUCAGUGGUCAGAUCAGUGUAGAGAAAUAGAUCAUCUGACUGAUCUUUUCUUCCCCUCCUUUGGUUAAAAUAGCUGGAAGAAAUGUACAAAGAAUAAUGGAAGAGACAUUUAAAGAGCUCAUAUUGAGUGUGCUAUUUUGCCCUGAUGAAGCGUCCCUGGGUGGCUUUUGGCAGAUGAAAGCUGUAAAAGCCCUCUUGGUUGUGCGAGGUCCUGCCAGCGUGUUUGUCAUUCAUUGAAAAAUUAUGUGUGAUUAUUUGAAGCUUAAAGUGUUCUACAGUUAAUGCCUGAUCUUAUGAUAAUGGUAGAUAUUUGUUUGUGUGCAGUCUCCUUAAAAUAAAUUCAGAUUGUA